AUGUACAAACCAGCCGACUAUGAUAAUACAUCGCUCGCAGACUCUUCUCCAGCAGAAACGAGUAAUAACGAAUUGGAGAACCGUGGCGCUACAAGCACGGUCAGAAGUAUUCAAGAUCUUCUCAAUCCUGUCUGCCAGUCUCCUGCAAAGCGUGAAGAAGGUGAAGUAGAGGUGAGCGGUGGAACGCCUUCUGAGGACCAACCGUCACCUUUUAAAUUUGAGGAUCAAUUCGGUGAAGUAUUUGACGAAGAAAGAAACAAAAUACAAAGAUUAAACAUGCGUCACCCACAGAAUUCCACUGCCGUCAGGGAUUAUUUUAACAAGACCGUUGUGCCGAGUCUACUAGCCGGCAUGAAAAGGAUGGUCAAAGAACGGCCGCAAAACCCGUGCGAAUUUCUGGGUCGCUAUCUGAUCGAACAUUGUGAGCACGAUCACAGCAAAGACGAAAAUGGUUCAGAUGUAAAAGUGAAGCAAGAGGAUAAUGAUAAUUUUGAAUCUCGCGUUCGUCAGAAACAAAGGAGAGGCAGUAAUUCAAGUUCAGAAAUAGGAGUAGAUAUGGAUGUUGACAUGAUAUCGAAUUCUUGA